UUGAGCUAUAUACACGCACGGGAUAAACAACUGGAAAAACAAGUCAAGCUUAUUCGAGGUGAUAGAAUCAAAACCCAAUAUAGCGAGCAGACUCAAAGUCAAUUUUUUGAGACAAAUGCUUCUACCGAUUUCGAAUGUCCAGAUCAAACAAAACGGACGAGGGCAGAUCGCCAAGUAACACCAGAGGAUCAAAUCCAUCCAUAUUUCCCGCCUGUGCGCAUGGAUUACCUGCAACCAACAACAACUACAUCAUCUAACCAAAGUAAUGAUGUGAAUACGUGCUUCCAACAAACAAAAACUUCAGAAGAUGAGGUUUCGAGAGCUGUAAAGAAAAAAAGCAAGGUUAAUGAACUUUUCAAGGAUAUGAUGCAUCGUAAUAUAUAUAUAUUAUGUGGGCCAUUCAGAGAGUUGUCGAAAGUGGACUUAAAAGACUUGUUUGAAUCGUUCGUUCGCGAUACAACUGUUCAGUUUGAUAUUCCUAAAGAUAUCAAGGAAUAUCUUCAUGAUUUACUUGACGGGGAUAUUAAAAGUGCGUUAUCUAAAGUAGAAAAAUCACUUGAUGAGGACGCACGGCCAUUAUUGUUAUGGACAAGGGAAGUUUGUCGACAUUUUAUUUUUUACUAUUAUUACGGUGGUUUGCAAAUAAAUGGUGACGAAAAAACUUGGUCUACUCAAACGGUCUAUCGCAUUCUUGAUUUAUUUUCGAUGUUUUUUGGAGAAUUAACAUCAGGAAUCGCCUUUGGAGAGAUUGUAACCGAGGCCCACAAAGAUAGAAUUUAUAAUAUAAAUAUAGAUCAAAAACCAUCUAAUUCAAGUAGAGGAGACAAGAACGAUGCUGUCCUGUAUCAAGACGAAAACGCCACAAUUGUAUAUGAACAAUCCUUUGGACCAACGGAAUUUGAUUCAACACAUUAUUUGGGGGAUCUUACCAAAUUGGCACGUAACGGAGUGGAUGAUCUGAGCUAUUAUUUCAAUCAAUAUCCAAAUUCUUCCAUAACAACAGCAAAAAAAUUCAAAUCUAUCGGAAUACAUGGAUAUAAAAAUUUAAUAUCAAUUUACCUCACUGACCUUAUCCGUAAAAAAACUUAUAGAGUAUAUGAGAUAUUUAACUGUAAAAUCCCAACGACAUAUGCGGACCGGUGGUUGCUAGUUAAAAUUGCAAAUAUUGGUGUCUAUUUUGAGGCUUUGCUCAAGGAACGAAAAUUUGUGAAGGGAGAAAUGGGUAAGGAAGACACAAUCAACGAAAAUGAACAGAAGCUACAACAAUGCUGGGCUGAUAAAGGAUAUUAA